AAGUGUUGUGCAGAGGACGCCAAAUCGCUACUGAUCAUCAAGGAAGGAACCGUAAACUUCCAAAAGGAUCCAAAGCAAAUUCUACAGUCAGGAGAGGAGCCAGUGAUGAGCAGCCCUGACAGGCAUCAUCUGUACAUGGAGAUCCCAGGAGUUUCCCACAGCCAUGUUACUCCAUGGGCUGUUGAUGAACCUGCCAAGAUGUUCCCUGGCUUUCCCAGCAUGCCAGAGUACUUCUCCCACUUUGACAUGGUGCUGGAUGAGGACAAGGCCUGGCUUGUGAGAAAGACAGAGAUUUCAACACCCCUCACAAAAGAUGAAGAGGUGACCCACUGCAAGGAGGCCAGACAGUGCCCAGUGACUGACAGUGUGGGACUGGGUCUGUGUCCAGGGCCGAAUGGACAUGUGGAUGUGGAAGACAAGUGUCUGGAGCAGGUGCAGGCUCUAGUGCUGGAAGAAGUGCUGAAGGACAUCGAGACAGCAUGCAAACUGCUCAACAUUACUCCAGACCCUACAAACUGGAGUUCAGGGCAUGUUCAAAAAUGGGUACUCUGGACCGAACACCUGUACAGGCUCCCGUCGGUGGGAUGGGCCUUCCAGGACCUCCGUGGCAGUGACCUCUGCAUGAUGAGCGAGGACGAUUUCAGGCAGCGAGCCUCACAGUGCGGAGAUGUACUGCAUGCCCACCUGGACAUUUGGAAAUCAGCUGCCUGGAUGAAAGGACGAUGUUCCCCUGAAAACAACGAUUUUCUUGGAGCAGACGUAUGUGGCGAAGCAGAUUCAUCCUGCACUGCACAACCCAUCCACCUGUGGCAGUUUCUCCGGGAGCUGCUCCUCAAACCCCACAACUAUGGACGCUGCAUCCGCUGGCUCAACAAAGAGAAGGGUAUCUUCAAAAUUGAAAACUCAGCUCAUGUGGCCAAACUGUGGGGAAUCAGGAAAAACCGUCCAGCGAUGAACUACGAUAAACUGAGCCGCUCCAUUCGGCAGUACUACAAGAAGGGCAUCAUUAAAAAACCAGAUGUGUCUCAGCGACUGGUCUAUCAGUUUGUUCAUCCAGUAUGAAGAGACCAGACAACCAGAUGGUGGGGCAGUGGUGCAGUGAAAAAUUCUCCACAGGGCUUUGUAUUUUGAGUUUAGGUGAAGAAUCAAUGGAUUUUGGCAUAGCACUUCACUAGACCACCACAAGUGGUCCACACCACCAAUGCCUCCCACCCCACUUACAAUGGCAGCCUUGAAAAGCAGCAGUGGCUCUUCAACUGCCUUAUUAUGAGUUAUUAACAACUGACCAUGUAAUAGACUGCACUACUGAACAACUACAUGGGCCAAACUUAAAGUACAGCAUAUUCAUAAAGCUGUCUUACUGAUUACUUUGUGUCAACAGCUACAGCAAACUGCCUUUUUUCCAUUUGCGUAACCUGCCUUAAUCCAAAGAGAGCCAGUUUAAGAUGGAUCAAACAUGGUUUGGCAUUUAUUUAU